AGCAGCAGCAGAGUCAGAAGUUGGCAUUGUGAGCUUUGGACUGUCUUGGAAGAGGACUACUGAGUAGACAAAGGUCAAUCUCACCCAACCUCAGCAACAGCUAGCAUGGCUACAGCAAGCACCUCAGGACAGAGCACUUUCGGGCUCGGCAGGAAAAAGAAGACUCCCACUCUGAUGGAUUCGAUUAGCAAGUUCUUCGGAGGAGAUAAAAAGAAGAGGAGCAAGGGGUCAUUCCGGGGUCACCUGGCCUCCUCACCCCAGCAAUCCUCCACUCGCCGCCGUACCAAUGAAAAUGCUGUGGUGCAUUUCUUCAGGAGCAUUGUUUCCACUCCAGAACCUAAAUCCAGGUGGAGAGAUGUCUUGGGCUUGGCCUCGUCGCCACGUGCUGAGAGCACAAAGUCGCCCAUCAGACGACGCAGAGACCAAAGCACACUGUCCAGACUCUUCAACCUGGGAGAUACCAAGUCCCGCCCCCCCCCCUAAACGCUGGAGCACCAUCUUCUAAGCUUUCCGCCGAGGACAAAACCACAGAUCCAUCACCGAUGGGACAGGAUGAAGGAGGAGGAGGAUCAGAUCUGCAUACGGCGGACUCACAACCUCAAGAAAUGUUAACCCACUAACACUUUGUGUAUCUUUAGACAGUGAAACAACUUUGGCGCAGUUUUAAAUCCACUCUAUGGGAAUAUACUGUGCCAGUUUUCAUUUAAUCCUACUUCUGAGGAUAUCUCAGUCAUUAUUUAGCUGUUUAAGGCUUUAAGAGGUUUGGUCAUGCUUUUAGUUAAAUAUCUCUGUAAAAAACACCCAUUGAUCUGAUGGUGCUAGUGUCUGUUGUCUGGUGUCCGAGGUUCGUUUAUGGCAGAUGUUUGUUUUUCUAUUUGUCUCCUGUUGUCUGCAUUUUGUAUACGAGUGAUGCUUUAUGUAUCUUUCUAGAAACAAGACUCACACGCCAAACUCGCCCUUGUUUUUUGUUUCAUAUGAGAACUCUAGACAGAGAUCAGUCCUGUUUGUGGUUGUUGUGCUUGAGUGAAAUGUAUGUUGCAAAAGAAAUGCUUCUGGAAAUACAUCUGGAAACGUAUGAGUAGUUAAUAUUGUUUUUUGUAACAGUUUUUAUUUCACUGUGCCUCAGUGUGAUUAAUAAACAUGUACAAUAUGAUGCUAUGUAAGUCUAUCAAGUGAAAAAUGCCCUUUUUAAAUGCACUGCUUCAUGACUGAGAAAUGUCCUAAAAAUGACUAUUCUGCACACUUCCUAUGUAGAUGUUGCAUCUUUUUCAUUUAUAGUAAUUUGUCUGCGUGCAUCUUAAAUCAAGUUUGAAGUUUGAAUGUUGUUUGUUUUUUAUUUAAGAAAUGACAGACAGAAGGUUUGUUUUAUCUGAUGGUCAGAUUGUAAGUGAUUCAAAGGUUUAAGGGGGAAGAAGCAAGAUGGCUGAAGGAGUUCAGUCUUGAAGGGCAGUAUGUUCAUGUUCAAGUGUUCUGACGCAUGUUGAUUUUAUUUUGUCCAUCGUAAAUUACAUUGCCGCUCUCAUUUGUACAUGAUAUGUGUGUACAUUCACUUUAACCGAAUAGUCAAAAGCACUGUAAAUGUGUUUCUUUCUGAGGUUGCUGAUAUGUGGUGGUGCUACAGUAUUAGGAAAUGAUACUUAGAAAAAUAAGUGUUGUGUUUCCUCAUAAUGUAAAACUGUUUUUUUAAUGUUCAACCUAACUGGAAAUAAAAAUCCUUCUCUCCUGUAA